CAAGCCUAUAAACAAAGGCCAAGCCUCAAGAAAAAUUUACAUCACAGUUCUUCCAACAUUAAAAGGCAGACAUCUGCUGGUCUGGUGGCACAUGCCUUUAGUCCCAGGGCUUGGGAGGCAGAGGCAAGUGUUUCUCUAUAACUUCAUACUCUACAAAACCCUAUCAGAGCAGGAAAAUUAAAAAGAAAACAGAAGCCCACAGUCUACAUGACUGCUUCAUUUCUCCCCCAGUUGGUCUAUAUUUAGCGAAAAGAGUAUAUAAGGUCAAGUAUUAACAAUGAAUUAUCAACUGGUGCUAUGCAAAAUAGCAUCGUAGGAGCUCAGUGCUUUAAGAACGAAAUGUAAAGCUUAUGCUUCACUAAGGCCAUAAAAACUUCUCAAGUCCCAACUUAAAUGUGUAUUUGAGAAUUUCAGUUUAAAAACUUUCCAAUUAGGUAAAAACCACGUGAUACUGAUAACCUUUCAGUACAUAAAUUAGAAACUUUGGGGAAGAUGUCCUCUCAACACGGAAAAAUUAAGCACAUUUCGUCUGCGACAGGUAAAAAGUAGCCGGAGAACGAACGCGGCUUGGGAAAUCUGAAGUCCGUGAGACCCCGUUGGAGACCGGGAGGGCUGCUGUGGUUUGAAACCCUAAUAGUCUGUUUCGUGUUUUAAAUUCUAGAACUGGGGCGUGGUUCCCCUGCUCCAACUUAAGAAAUCAUCCCGCAGGUUCCUAUUUUCUCCAGUUCCCCAAACCCGUCUCCAGACUCUCCCGCCAAACUCCUCCCCUUUCUCCUGGGCGUUCGCAAUUAGCGCAGUUCGAUGACGUAAGACGUAAGCGCCGCAGCCCUCGUGUAACCACCGCCUCGGCCUCUGGGAGUUGAAGUUUCCGAAGGAGGACUGGCGAGCGACCGCAGAACUCUCCAGAAAAGCUCUCUGAGUGCGUCCCGGCACGCCACAUCGGCUUCGCCGCCGGGGGCCACAAAUAUGUCAUCUGAAAUGUUGCCAGCAUCAAUUGAGACUUCUAAUGAGGAAAGAAAACACAAUGUGCAAGAAGAUCAGGAGGAGAGCCAGGAGUCAAGGUUAGAUGAAGGGACUGAGCCAGUAUCCAAACGACAAAAGAAGAAGCUGAUGAAACAGAAGCAGUGGGAAGAACAGCGACAACUGCGCAAAGAAAAGCGAAAAGAAAAACGCAAGAGGAAGAAAUUAGAGCGACAGUGUCAACUGGACUCAAAUUCAGAUGGAAAUGACAGAAAACGUAUUCGAAGACAUGUCAUUCCUAGUACCCUUCGCCUCAUCAUUGACUGUAGUUUUGAUGAACUGAUGGUAUUAAAGGACAUUAAGAAACUUCAUAAGCAGAUUCAGCGUUGUUAUGCAGAAAACCGACGAGCACCGCAUCCUGUGCAGUUUUAUUUGACAAGCCAUGGAGGCCAAUUGAAAAAGAACAUGGAUGAAAAUGACAAAGGAUGGGUCAACUGGAAGGAUAUCCACAUCAAACCAGAGCACUACAGUGAACUCAUGAAAAAAGAAGACCUGGUUUAUCUUACAUCAGAUUCACCUAACGUGCUGAAGGACCUAGAUGAAUCAAAGGCCUAUGUGAUUGGAGGGCUGGUAGAUCACAACCAUCACAAGGGAAUUACAUUUAAACAGGCAUCUGAUUAUGGAAUUGAACAUGCACAGCUCCCCCUUGGAGAUUUUGUGAAGAUGAACAGUCGAAAAGUUUUAGCAGUCAAUCAUGUGUUUGAAAUUAUUCUGGAAUACUUGGAAACAAGAGACUGGCAGGAGGCCUUUUUUACUAUCUUACCCCAACGCAAAGGAGCUGUGCCUGCAGACCAAGCCCCUGAAAGAUCUUCCCAGGACCAGCAGUCUCGGGCUGAUGGUGGAUUGGACAAUGACUCCAGCGAGGGAGAGCAUUGCAGAAAACUAAACUCACUGCAGAAAGAAGAAAAGCGGGGUAAGGAAAACAGCACCGAGUCUGCAGCGAGCUCUGGUCCACAGUAACGCUGCCUGGCUCUUCAGCCUAAAUGAAAUAGAAAGUGGGUGCUUCACAGAAUGCUCACAUUGGAGAAAAAUCUUAUGUUCCCUUCUGUUGUGAAAUCUAAACAUUUUUAAAAGAGCUGAGUGAUGAGAAGCCUGUAAACACUAAGAGAAAUUUUUUGGUUUUAUGUAAGAAGAUUUUAAAGGUGUCAUUUUAAAAAUUGUUUUUUUAACCUCAAAUAACAGUUGUAGAGAAUAUUAUUAGUGUCCCUUCACGUACAGAAUAUACUCUUCAAAAUGUGCCUUCUGACCUCUCAGCUCUUUGUUUUUUGUCCCUGUCAGAAUCAUUUUGGUCUAAUGACUGUUUGUAAGGCUGCUAGAAUGCUGAAAAUGGGAAGUUGCCUUCUGUUUGUGAUUUUUUAUGUUCAGUUUAGUUCUUUCUAAGAGAUACAUUAAUUAUAGGAAGAAGUGUCAGUUGUUUGUUGACUCAGCAGUUCCUUUCUUUGGUCAGUGGAGCCCAUACCUGAGCCUUCUCUGUGAUACCUUUUCGUGGUUCUGAAAUAAUCACAAAAGAACAGUCUUAAAUCUUGUAAGAGUAAUAUUUGUUUCAGGUAUAAAUUGAUAUUUUGUGGGCUAGAUUAUUUUAUAAGGCUAUUAUUUUUGAAGGACCCAUUUGUCUCAACCUGAAUUUAAAACUAUCCGAUCCUAUGUUUCCAUAUGUUUUUUAAAAAUAAAAUGUUGGCUUUUAAUGUGAAUGUUAUGCAUCUGCUUCCUACUGUAGUAAUAUUCCAACUAAUGUAAAUGUGUUUCUGUAAAUAACAUACACGUUUAUGCAAAUGUGCCUGUAAUUUUGUUUGCAUCUGUUUGUCCACAUCACAUUUGGUUCUUAGGCAUUAAUUAAUUAUGACAGGACUGUGUGUUUCUGUAAUGACUGUGUUGAAAACACUAAAAGUAAUUUGAAUUUCAUUAAAUGCCAAAAUAUAAAAUUAAGCAGUUAAGAAACAUUGGCAAGGGAGAACAGAGCAAAAUGAAGCUGUUUCAGUUCUUAAAUAGUCAUUGCAGGGAAGUUCAUAUUGAGGAUAAAGUAUUCUCUGUCAGUAUAAGGAAAAUGGCAGGAAUAUUCACUGAAUUGUAGCAAAUUAAGUUUCUAGUCCUUUCUGUUUUUUAUUAAAUAUGUGAAACAUACAUAAUUAUAUAACAUACAUGCUAUGCUAACACAUCCCAUUCUUUAGGAAGCUUACUAGAUUUAGUGUUGUUUACCACUUCACUCUUAGUUAUUUUCAUACUUUAAAGUUCAUACACAGGGUGUAAAUAAAGAGUCCUACAAGUCUAAAAGAACAAAGCUCAUAUUAGUGAACUUUUCAGAGGUUCAGAUUUCUCUGAGUACAUGUAGUAGACUAGCAUGAAAUGUGCCUGUUGUGAUUUGAAUAGGAAAGUCCCCAGAGGCUCAUGUGUUUCUUAUUCACUCAGUCCCCAGCUGGUGGGGCUGUUGAAAGUUUAUGGAACUUUAGGAGGUGGACCCUUACUGGAAGAAGCACAUCACAGAGGACUGAUUUGAAGGGUUUAUAGCCUGGCCCCACUUCCUGUUCUUGGUUUCCUGUGUGCAAAUAAAAUGUGAUCACUCUGUUUCCUGACUGCUGGGCCACCUGAUGUUCCUGCUGUCAUGCCUCUUCCCUCCCGCCCCCAAUGAUGGACUCUGUCCCUCUGGAAUUAAGCCAAAAUAAAUCCUUUCUUCUCUAA